AUGUACUCUGCUUCGGCGAUUUCGAUUCCAACGCGUUGCUGUUUUCUGAGUAUCCCGGCAGAGCCAUCAUGCCGUCCCAAGUUGAGCCGAAUUCGGACAAACCCAUCUCCCGAUUACCCCGACCAAGUCCCUUCCCCGAUACUCACUUGUCUCAGCAACGGGAGUAGUAGCUCUCCAGUCGAAGCUUAUGCCUACGCUCUUGAGCUUUGUGCCAAAACGAGGGCUCUCUCUCUGGGACGGCAGCUGCAUUCGCUCAUCUUCAAGACUUUCCCGGCAGUCGAAUUAGAUUUUCUGGCCGGUAAGCUUGUAUUCAUGUACGGCAAGUGCGGGUCUUUGGAUGAUGCAGAGAAACUGUUUGACGAAAUGCGCCAGAGAACGGCCUUUGCGUGGAAUGCCAUGAUAGGAGUGUAUGUUUCGAAUUGUGAGCCUGCUUCAGCGCUUGCUGUCUACCGCGAAAUGCGGGCUGAGGGCGUUCCUCCCCAUCUUCACUCUUUUCCUGUUUUGCUUAAAGCCUGCGCCAUUCUUGGCGAUCUUCGGACUGGGACUGAGCUUCAUUCUCUGGCCGUUAAACUUCACUACCAACCAACACCUUUUAUUCUCAAUGCGUUGGUUUCCAUGUAUGCUAAGAAUGAUGACCUACACGCUGCAAGGCGUCUGUUUGACGGAUCCCAAGAGAAAGGUGAUGUUGUUCUGUGGAACUCUAUUCUCUCUUCAUAUUCCGCCUCUGGCCAAUCUCUGGAGACCUUCGGAUUGUUCAGAGAAAUGCAGAUGAAUGGUCCUGCCUCCAACAGCUACACUGUCGUCUCGGCUCUCACAGCCUGUGAAGGUUUGUCACAUGCAAAGCUAGGGAAAGAGAUUCACGCUGCUGUCUUGAAAUCAACUCAUUGUUUCGAACUAUACGUGUGCAACGCCUUGAUUGCAAUGUAUACACGGUGUGGUAAAAUGCUUGAUGCAGGAAGGAUCCUUCGUCAGAUGGAUAACGAUGACAUAGUGUCAUGGAAUUCUGUGAUUCAGGGUUAUCUACAGAAUUUCAUGUACAAGGAGGCCUUAGAGUUCUUUUGUGAUAUGAUCGCUGCUGGCCACAUACCCGACGAGGUUUCAGUGACCAGUGUCAUUUCAGCGUCAGGAAGAUUAUGCAACCUGUUGCUAGGAAUGGAAUUGCAUGCUUACGUGAUUAAACACGGCUGGGAUUCUAAUUUGCAAGUUGGGAACACGUUGAUAGAUAUGUAUUCAAAGUGCAACCUCACAAGUUAUAUGGGCCGUGCGUUUCUUAUGAUGCAUGGGAAAGAUCUCAUUUCAUGGACUACAGUCAUUGCUGGUUAUGCUCAGAAUGAUUGUCAUGUAGAGGCCUUGGAAUUAUUCCGGGAUGUUGCUGAAAAUAGGAUGGAGAUUGACGAAAUGAUGCUGGGAAGCAUCCUUCGAGCUUCUAGUGUGCUAAAAUCUAUUAUUAUUGUCAAAGAAAUCCAUUGUCACAUCGUGAGAAAAGGUUUACUUGAUACUGUGAUACAGAAUGAGUUGGUAGAUGUUUACGGAAAAUGCAGGGACAUGGGCUAUGCUACUCGAGUAUUUGAAUCAAUCAAAGGUAAAGAUGUUGUCUCUUGGACAAGCAUGAUUUCGUCUAGCGCUCAUAAUGGUAACGCAAUCGAGGCUGUUGAACUUUUUCGGCGCAUGGUUGAAACUGGUUUGGCGGCUGAUUCUGUAUCAUUGCUGAGUAUUCUUUCCGCUGCAGCAACUUUAUCUGCCCUCAAGAAAGGUAGAGAAAUCCAUGGCUACUUACUCCGGACGGGUUUUUGCCUAGAGGGGUCCAUUGCAGUUGCAGUCGUUGACAUGUAUGCAUGCUGUGGAGACUUACAGAGUGCAAAUGCUGUUUUCGAUCGGACAGAAGGGAAAGGUUUACUGCAAUACACAAGUAUGAUCAACGCAUAUGGAAUGCACGGCUGUGGAAAAGCAUCUGUUGCGUUGAGGAGCGGAGACAUAAGAGGGUGGUUAAUGCAAAACCUAAAGAUGCAGACUUUUAGCUAUAAAGGAGUCAAACUAAAGCAUGGACCUUGACGAAGUCUUCUUCAAGGAAUGCAGAAGCAACGGUCAAGAUUUAAAAUAAGGUUUUUGCGAAGACAAGUCCACAAGGGAACAAGUGAAGCUGCCAGCAUGAUCUAUCUUUGGUUAAGAGAUGAAUGUGGUUUCCAUAUUGCUUCAAACCCAAGCUAGGUCAUGCUCUGACAGCCUCACUCCUUCCUGGUCAGGACCAUUCACUGAUGAAACAUUCCACAAGCCGAUUGAAAGAAAGUGAAAAGCCCCGAACGCACACAGUGCUUCUACACGAAACCGGUGUUAGUGUUCUCUCUGUUUUUUCCUGCUUUGUCACUCUCUCCACUUUCUGUUGUCAUGUUUCGGCGCUAUAGAUCUACCUUAGUUGCAUCAUGUUUUAUUGUAUCAAAGAGAACUUAAAACUGUGCAAAGCCAAACGUUUUACGAAAAUGGGAAACUCCCUUAUUUCAUGACAAAAAUCGUAGCAUACUUUUAUCUUUACAAAUUACAAACAGUGUAAUUUACAGUAGACAAUCCAAAGUUAGUCUAGCUAUCCACCACUGGCUACCUCAAAAGCUCAUACUCACACAAUUGUUUUUCGUAAGCAAUCAACAUAUCUUCCUAUAUUUCUACAGAACUGAACUGGAAAGCCACCUUGUUGCAGCAGCUCGUAAGAAGUCACAAGUCAGUGACCCUAACCUCGUGUUCAUAGACUCUUUCUAAUAAAAGCAUCUCUUGGUGGGGAACCACAUAGAUUCAUACCCAUCAAGGUUUCGUCACGUUUAUGGAUGAUUUGAAUCUUUUGGUCGUUCAAGGAAGCUGGAAACUGCUUGUAACGUUAUAUUUCCAGACGGCUCCUAUGCUGUGCUCUUGAUCAUCAAUUUUCUCACGGACCCCUAGAGAAGUGCAUCUGUUACUAUGGUAGGCUGCUCAAGGUUUCUUGAGGGAUGGGCUUCUCGAACCCUUAAAUAAGGAUCUUGGAUUCUUAAAGUAACUAAUGAACGGCGUCUCGGAAACAGGUAUGAAUUUUGUGAAAAAGCCUAUCGGCCAUGAAAGAGACGCAAUCGCUAUGCAAGUUCCCCAUUGCCAGCCGUUGAGCCUUACUGUAUCCGCAAACUUCUUAAGGAAUUCCACCAUAAUGACUUGAAGCACGAUAGUGAUCGCUAUGAUUCCAAUGAACAACCUGUUUCUGUGAAUUCCUUUGAAAACGUUCUUCUUCUCCAUCUCCCUUGCAUUGAACUCGUUGAAAACUUGGCAGAGCACAAACGUGUUGAAGAUGAGCGUGUCCUUCACUUCCUUGCGCACGUUGAAUAUAGACAUACCCUUGAACUGUAAGAUGAGGAGUACGGCUAUUUGAUACAAUGACUGAACCAGGAGAUUCCUCCACAUGACAUUUGUUAUCAGGGCUUCUGUUCGGCCCACUGGCUUUCGCUUCAGGAGCUCGUUGGUGGGUCGCUCUGUGGCGAGAGCCAGAGCUCCCAGAGUGUCCAUGAUGAGGUUUACCCACAGCAGCUGAACUGCUGUCAAAGGGACCUCACCAGCUGAAACUGCUGCGAUGAAAUUGAUCACAAGAGCUGCAACAUUCACUGUUAGCUGGAACUGAAUGAAUUUCUGGAUAUUGUUGUAGACGCACCUUCCCCACUUUAAUACCGUAGCAACGGAUGUGAAGUCAUCAUCUAGAAUGACAAUGUCUGAGCUCUCUUUUGCUACUUCAGUGCCCUGAAUCCCCAUAGAGAGUCCGAUGUCUGCUUCUUUUAGUGCAGGUGCAUCGUUGGUGCCAUCCCCUGUUACGGCUACGACGUGGCCUUUCAGUCUCAGACACUUGACCAUUAGAAGCUUGUCGGAGGGAGAGGACCUUGCCAUUACCCGGAUCUUGUCAACUUUCUGCAUUCUCUCUUCGUCGGUAUAGUUUCUGAACUCAACACCUUCUACAACAGCCUCUUCUUCAUCCUUGUCAUUGUGGUCGAGGAUUCCGCACUCAAAAGCAAUCGCUUUUGCAGUGAAAACAUUAUCUCCCGUUAUCAUCUUGAUGGUGACCCCAGCAAGUUUGCAAGUUUCAACAGCUUUUGAGACACCAGGUCGACAGGGAUCUUUCAGACCCACGAUUCCCAUCAGGGUCAAGCCAUCUUCCUCUAAUCCUGACGAUACUUUAUGGGCGAAUGCUAUGCAUCUGAGGCUACUGGCCGCCAUACCUUGGAUUAUUGCUUGAAUUCUGUUCUUUGCGGUGGAGUCCAUUAACUCAACGGACCCACUGCUCGUGUAGUAAUGACAACACAUAGCCAUGACCAUUUCAGGGGCUCCUUUCCAGUGUGCAUGGACUGUCCUGUCAGAUUUUCUCCGAACCAGAACCCCGCUUCGUUUCUUUGCUGAAUUGAAGGUUUCAACGCGGAGCACGUCGUGCUUUUGCUUCACUGACUCCAUAUCCAUACCCAGGUUCAGCACACUCCAAGACAAGAGAGCCUUCUCUGUUGGGCUGCCCGAGAACUCGGGCGUUGGCCCUGAUUCUGACACGCAGACACUACCCGUUGUGUUCAGACCGGUGCCUUGGUAAAGCAGAUCGAGAAUGUCAGAUGAGAUCAUUUUGGUAGAGUCUUCAUGGAUUGACUCUUGGCCAAGCCAAAACUUGGUUACCUUCAUCUCGUUCAGUGUUAGAGUGCCUGUUUUGUCUGUGCAUAUCACCGUCGCUGAGCCCAUCGUCUCACACGCCGAGAGCUUUCUGACCAUAGCUUGAUCAGACAUCAUUCUCUUCAUGGAGUAAGCCAGCGUCAGAGUCACAGCCAAUGGCAGGCCUUCCGGGAUAGCCACUACGACAAUGGUGACUGCAGCUGCCACGAUUCGCACAACGGAAUUGACGACGGUGUCAACAGGACAAGUGCAGCCACAGUAAGACCAAGUUUUCCGAUGGUGGAGGUCAGCGUAUCAAGACGGACCUGCAAAGGUGUUCUCUCGCUAGAAUCUUGGUUUAUGGAGCUCAUAGUCUCCCCCCAGGUUGUGCUCAUACCUACGGAGACAACCAGCAUCUUAGCAAAGCCGUCGACUAUCUUUGUCCCAGAGAACAAGAAGGGAUUAUCCUUGUGAUCGACUUCAAGAUGGUCACUCUCUCCGGUCAUGCUAGACUCGUCGACCUGAAGUGAAUGCCCGUCCAAGAACAGACCAUCAGCGGGAAUCUGAUCUCCGAUCUUCAAGAAGACAACAUCACCAACAACAACAUCAAAGAUGGAGAUAUGUUGGCGCCUGCCGUCCCUAAGGACUUCCACUUUGAUAUUAUUGCUUAUCUUGGACAGCCUGUCGAACUGUCUCUCCUGCCUGAAGUUGCUGAGGGCGGAGACAACUAUGACCAAGAAGACUGCAACGAAGAUGCUUCCGCCUUCAUACCAGCCUUCUUUGAUGCCAUGUUCUUUGAUACCGAAGCCAAGGGAGAGAGUGGCACAUACCAAGAGGAUCAGGAUGGUUGUGUCUUUGAAAGCUUCAUACACAAAGAAGACAAGUCCUUUAGGAGGUGGCUUGUGGUAGGUGUUAGAGCCAAAGAGGUCACGGCGUCUGCCGAAUUCUUGCUCAUUCCCAUGGAUUCCUUUGGUGGGGUUUGUCCUAAGGGAAGCGGCGACACCCUCCACGCCACCGAGCUCUCGGAUGCCCGGUAAGCUCUUACCCUUCAUGAUCUCCACAAGUCGAUCCUGAUCGAUGUCAGGAACGUAAGAGAGGGGCAUAGAGUUGAUGUUUGCUCCAUCGAGUGCUGUGUAGGAGAGAGAGAGGGAGGCAUCAGAGGCUUUGGGAUCAAUCCUUGCGGGAACAAUCUCCUUAACGAGAGAGAGCAUAGCCCUAACAGAGUAGAUGGCAGCGUAAGCCAUACGCCAACGCCUCUGGGCCUUGCUGAGGCUGGUGGUGGUAAGGUUGAGCAAGAGAGCGCUGUAAUCAUAAUCCUUGAGAUCUGUCAUGCUUUGUUGGAGAAUAAAAGAGUCGCGCGCUCUCUCUCUAGCCAAUAUGUGUUGUGUGGCUUGUAAGACACUCAAGACUCGCAAAUAAAUGAUUUCUCUCCCCUUCCAUUCUAAAAAAAAG